AUGUCAGGAAUUUGUAAGCAAGUAUUACGAUCAUUGAAAGCAGGCGCUGUAAAUUCUUUAGUUAUCGGAAUUAUUAUUAAUAGUUUGAAUGUAAGAACAUUUGAUGCUACUCGAACCAGAUUUAAUAAUGGCGAACGUGCAGUUUGGACAUUUACAUUACGAGAUUCCGAAGAAGAUUUUAUUAAUGUAACGGUAUGGGGUACAGUGGAAUUUGUUAAAAAAUUAGUUACCAUUUUUCAUAUAGGUACCGUAGUUGAAGUGAUAAAUGCGAAAAUUAUAGCUCGACAAGCAGAGGAUAGAGACGAAAUGUUUGUACCUCUUGUAUCAAUUCCAUUUAAAUUAAUAGUGAACGAAGGUAUCGCACUUGUACAAAAACAUGAUGCACCUACAGAACAUAUCUAUGAAAAGUUAUUGACAAUACCAACUAGAAGCGUGAAAAGUUUGCAAACUUUAAAAUUUCUAUUGCAGCAAAUAGAUAACUUAUGCGAUCAAUACGUCGACAUUUUGAUUGUGAUUACGUUUGUCAGCGGAGAACGUAAUAUAGUUACACGAGAUGGUAGAAAGUUAAAAUGUCGCAACUUUGAAGCAACGGACGGGUCAAGCGACUCACCAAUUGUUUUCAUACUUUGGGAAACCGAAUGGGUAGAAAGAGCAGCGUCAUGGCAACCAAAAUAUACGGUUCUUUUUUUAUCAGACGCUCGUAUCAUUUUUGAUAAAUUCAAAAAGAAAACCGUCAUAAGUAUAGUAAGAAGAACACUGAUCAUGGAGAAUCCUAAUAUACCAGAAGCGGAGCUCGUAAGGAAAGCAGUAGAUCAUUAUAGUCGAGAUAUUGUUUCUACAGAUUCUUUUGCAGUACCUAAUCCCGAUACGAUCGUCACGGUAAUGACUAUAGAAGAAAUUUCAGAACGAUUAAAUCAAGGAACGAUCGUCGAAGAAGGAAGAUUACAAUUUGCAACUAUUUUGAAAGCUAUAGUAACUGAUAUGAAUGUAGACAAUACUACUUCUGGUUUAAUAUCAACGAGAUGUGCUUUAUGCAAAAGACCGGUGAUCGAAAAUCGUGAUUCUUGUAUGAAUUUGGAUUGUCCAUGUGGCAACGGUACUCGCGCACCAUUUAACGCAACGACUAUCAAUGUGAAAGUAAAUUUAAAAGACGAUACUGGAUAUUUAAUUGGUUGUAGACUAAGUGGAGAGGGCGCGGAAUGUGCUUUUAGUUGCACAGCUGCUGAAUUUCAGGCUAUGACAGUAGCUGAACGAGCAGAUUUAAAAUGGAAAUAUAUCUUGGAAAAAUGUGACGUACGUUUACACAUAUUAGGACCAACGUCUCUCUUCCCUCGUGCUUUAUAUAAUAUUUUAUCUAUACGACCAAUCACCGAAGGAAACAUGGAACAGAAUCAACCGGAUGAAAGUCAUAACGUUUAAAAAGAUAGUACGAUGAGAUAAAAUAUAAAACAAGUAAAAAAGAAGAGGACAAAAAAAGAAAAAAGAAAUAAAAGGCGAUUUUAAUAAAGAAUCUGU